AUGAUGGUCAAAGAUCCUUCUUACUUAGCUUCGAUGUCUCGUUCAACAGUUGAACGAUUAGAUUAUGAAUCGGAAUUACAAUUAAAUGUGCUAUGGAAAAAAAAUUUUCAAAAGCGUAUCAUACCUCUGAAAGCUGACUUGGAAGAAUCACAGUUUGGAUUGGACCAACAAACGUACGAAUCUGUAGCUGAACAAGUCGAUUUUAUCUACCAUUAUGGUGCGACUGUCAACAGGUUUCCCUGUAGCAAACUCUAUCAAUCGAAUGUUUGUGGCACAGGGGACAUCAUUCGCUUAGCUACUUAUACCAAAAGACCGCAGAUACCUAUGCAUUAUAUCUCUACAGUGAGCGUUUUGACAUCGGAUACGAAUAACAAAAUCUUCGUCGACAAAAUUGCUCCCGAAAGUUUAAGUACCGGUUACGCACAAAGUAAAUGGGUAGCAGAAAAGCUCGUCAUGGAAGCAAAUCGUCUGGAAUUACCGGUAACCAUUUACCGACUAGGGUCGACUGAAACGAGUACAAAAACAUGCGUUUGCAAUCGAACCGACCCAUUGAUCUUCUUUUUUGCGACAAUAAUGAAUUUACAUGUAUAUCCUGCUUUCGGAAGAAAAAACGAGGGCAUCACAAAUAAAGAAAAGUCAACAGCCAUGGAAACAAGAGCGAACCGCUCUCUAUAUAACGGAAAUGAUAGCGUCUAG